AACAACCUCUUUUGUUUUUGUUGAGUAUUCUGCUGCCAAUUCUCAAAUUAAAGAAGCUUUUGGAUUUGGAAGAUUCGAAACCCGUCGAAAAAAAAACUGAGAAAAAUGAUUGCGAUGUCCGAGUUAAAAUACUUGGAGGAUGACAACCAAAUCCUCAACUUAGAGCUCCUUAAGAUGACUCUGGACUUCGUUUUCUCCAACGAGAAACCGGUCGAACACUUCGAAUCGGACCCCGACGACAAAGAGGACGACAUCUGGGACGACAUCUUCGGAGGAGCCGUGGGUUUCUGUCGGCAUUUCUCGGAUGCCGCGGGGGAGCAGACAGUGGUGAAUGUGGAGAGGUGUCUGUCUCGGAGUCUCGGAUCCUCGUCUCGACUAGAGUCCGAAUCGGGAUACUCGAGUCUUCUCAGCACGCCUCAAAGAAACGGCAGCAGAUUCAACAGCGAGUCAUUAACGAGUGUGACCGACCAGUUGUUCAAGUGGUCUCCGAGUCUCCCGACCACCCCUGGCUCCCCCUCCAAAAUGCUCCCGAGCCGAAGGAGCCAGUCUGCGGACAGUCCGAAGAAAACGUGCCAGCUGGUAUCCCACAUCGCACUACAACCCCGAGCCAGCCGACAACUGUUUCCGACUACGACAAACACUCGUGAGAAUUCAGUGCAGAGAGACAGGCGGGGGGACUUAAACUACACCUCGGGCAGAGUGUCGCCAUCAGGUCAAGGGGGAUCCUCGUCGGCGACUUCGGUGAUCAACGCGAAUAAGUACAAAACAAUGCACUGCAGAAAUUACUCAUUAAAAGGCGCGUGUGAGUACGGAACCAAGUGUCAGUUCGCCCAUGGCAGCGGCGAGCUCCGAGUUCAGUCGCAGCACCCCAAGUUCAAAACUGAGAUGUGCCGAAACUACAUCGAGCUCGGCUACUGCGAGUGGCGGGAUGCCUGCAUCUUCCGACACGGCGACUCCGACUUGAUCAACCCGAAACUGCUCAAGCAUCUCGCGUCGACCGAGCCAAACUCGGAUGUCUAAAGGAACACCAUCACUGAUUAUUCUUCCGAUUUCUUUAGGAUUCAACAAAGAGAAAGAAUUCUGAACAAACUAGAAACCAAGUUUUAGAACCAACCAAGAUUUGACUUAGAGUAUUUUCGCUCAUCCUCUUGUAGCAUUUUCAGGGAUUCACAUCUAGAUGAUUUAGUAGUUUUGAUUCCUGAAUGCAAAUUUUAGAAUUUGUUACUUUCAUUUUGAUUUUUACUGGCGAUAUAUAAACCAGCUGAAGUAUUAAACCAGCUUCCAUCUAA